AUGUAUAGCAUACCUCCCAACCAAAAUGUUUCUGAAAUAUUUGAUAUUGGUAUUUUAACAGGAAUUAUUUUACUCAAAAAGCCUCUUGAUUAUGAAAAAGCAACAUUUUAUAAGUUUAUUGUCCAAGCUACUGCAGCCGGUACAAAUGCUGCAGCAAAUGCCAAUAUUCUUGUAAAAGUUCUUGAUGCAAGCAACAAAGUUCCUUUUUUUGUGGAUUCUUAUAAAAGCAUAAACAUAGAGGUAAAAAUAAGUGUUGGGAGCAUAGUUUAUAGAGUGUCAGCAGUUGAUAAAGAUUCAGGGAUGAAUGGAGUAAUCGGAUACAGAAUUAAAUCUGGAAACAUUAAAAAUAUCUUUGAAAUUGGUUCUACUACAGGUGACAUACGCAUUAACAACUCAUUGGAUACAAACACUGAACGUUUUACCUUGUAUAUAGUUGCAUUUUACAUUGGCAGACCUUCUAUAGAAAGUAUACCGUUUAUUCUGGACAUUUAUAUUACAGGCAUCGUCUAUCUAAAAGAAUUAAAGGUUUUGAUUUCAAUUUUUUCUAUGGAUGUUUUUACGAAAGUCAAUCGUCAUUCACUGAUGAAAUAAAACUCAAUUGUUGAUAAACUAAAUAAACAAAGUUUAGGUUGGAUGAUUU